CACUGAUAGGUGGCACUGAUAGGUGGCACUGAUGAUGGGUACUGAUAGACAGCACUGAUAGGUGGCACUUACUGGUAUCAAUGCUGGGCACUGACUGGUGGCACUGACUGGCAGCACUGCAUUGAUGGGCACAGGUGGGUGGCACUGGUGGGCACAUGUGGGUGGCACUGGUGGGCACAGGUGGGUGGCACUUCUGGGCACAGGUAGGUGGCACUGCUGGGUGGCACUGCUGGAUACAGGUGGGUGCACUGCUGGGCACAGGUGGGCGGAACUGGUGGGUGGUACUGCUGGGCACCGAUCAUCAGGGUACUGAUCAUCAGUGCCCUGAUGAUCGGUGCUGAUCCCUGCUCUGACAACUGCCGGUUCUCGGCAGUACUUUCCUCGUGCUCUGACAGCGUGAGGAAAGUGGAGCCGAGAACCAGCAAAUGCAU